UUGGUGGGGGUGGCUGCUGCGGCCCCUCCCUCUGAGUCAGGGUCUCUCUCAGGAUGGAGGCCCCAGCUCCAACCCCUCAGUCCCGAAUUUUGGGCCGCUCCUCCAUGUUCCGCUUUUUCCGUAGCCUGGUGGGGAGCAGGGGCAGCCCAAAGAGCUCUGACAAGGCCCGGCUGCGGAGGCGGGCAUGCUCCUCACAACAGCAAGAUGCCACCCCCCUGAUGAUGAACCGCCAGGGAGGAGUAGGGAGGAAGGAGCCAAGGCUGCCCACCACACUGCCCUACACGCUGUCUGUGGCCUUGCCACAGCACGAUCCCUCAGGGCUAGGGAUGGGGGACGUGGGGGCCCAGACCCCCACGCCCAUGGAGGUCCUGAGGGUGGGGGCCCAGGGUGGAGAGGUGAAGCCCAUCCUGUCCAGGGGGAGCCAGGAGGUGCUGGGCAGCCCGUCUGAGAAGGAGGAGGCAGUAGGGGAGGCGUCCGGGGAUAUGAGGAUCUCAGACAGGGACCACUUUGCCCAAGCCUUGGAGGUGGAACAAAGAUGCCCACAGAGGGCCAUGGGGCCGCUGGAGGUCAGCCCCAAGAACUUCACCAGGGAGGAGGAGAAGGAGUGUCUGCUUGACGGAGACCUCAGGCUGGCCUCUGCGAAGGUGGGAGCAACUCCUUGGAACCGCCUCCUCACCUUGUACAAGCAGCUUCAGAAAUCAGCCACGGCCAAGUUUCCUCUCAAGGAAGGCUUGCCUGAUGAGGAGAAAGGCAAGGAACAGGAAAUGGAGGAAGAGAACAGCUCAUUCAAUCUCUGCGUCCCAGGCAUUGUCACCCUGCAGUCACCACUGCAUAAGACUUUUAGGUCAACAGAUACAGUGGGUUUCGUGGAGUCGGAGUUAAAGAAGCUUCUGGCAGUACAACGGGAGUCCCGCCUCUGGAAGAUGGGCAGCCAUGAGGGCCGGGAGCUGCUGACCCAGCCAGAGAUCACCCUGGAGGAGGCGGGCAUUGUGGACGGCCAGGGACGCCAAGCUGAGGGGGAAGGUAGCCGCCCCCCAGCCUUUGGGGAAUGCUGGGGACCUAAGGGAGGGGCGCUGAGGCAGCUGAAGCACCACCCUAGGCUGGAGGGAAGGGUGCAGAGCCCCCUUGAUAUGGUGUCCAGGACAGAGCACUUGCUCCUGGAGGAGAUGGAUGAGAUGGGGAACUGGCCUCCAGAGUGAAGCUGGUGCUGGCCCUGAGUCUGCCCUGCUCCCGCAUCCCUUCAGCCCGAGUAGGGGUUUAGCCUCCCUCUCAGGAGGGCACAUCCAAGGCGCCCCUGGGCCCAAGGGGUCUUGAGAUCAAUGGUAUCCAUGUGUCUGCAGGAUGGGCCUGCCCAGCAGAAUGUCCCCACUCAUCAGACUCAGGCCUGUGCUGUUAUUAAUAAAGCCCACUUUGACUUCGGC